AUGCGCGCUGCGCAAGCUGCUUGUUGUUUCCCGCAGAGAGGCGAGAAGAUGGCGGCCGUGUCAAGCGGAGGUGCUGCUGGGUCCGCUGCGGCCGGGAUCACGCACUCUGCCCGACCGACCCACGCGGGCAUGGCCACCCAGAACCGAGCCCAGCCGUCCUCCACCGGCACCGGCGCGGCCACCGGGUGCGUCACCAGUCCCGGCCACACUUCGGCCACCAGGCCCCCCCCGGCCCGAGUGGGCCACUACGAAAUCGAGCGGACCAUCGGCAAGGGGAAUUUCGCGGUUGUCAAACUCGCCACGCACAUCAUUACCAAAGCGAAGGUGGCGAUAAAAAUAGUGGAUAAGACGCAGCUGGACGACGAGAACCUGAAAAAGAUUUUCAGAGAGGUGCAAAUCAUGAAGUUGCUGAAGCACCCGCACAUCAUCCGCCUCUACCAGGUGAUGGAGACGGAGCGGAUGAUCUAUCUGGUGACGGAGUACGCCAGCGGUGGAGAAAUAUUCGACCACCUGGUGGCUCACGGGCGAAUGGCGGAAAAGGACGCCAGGAAGAAGUUCAAACAGAUUGUGGCAGCGGUCCAUUUCUGCCACUGCCGCAACAUCGUCCACCGAGACCUGAAGGCUGAGAACCUGCUGCUGGACCACAACCUGAACAUCAAAAUCGCAGAUUUUGGAUUCAGCAACCUGUUUUCGCGAGGGCAGCUGUUGAAGACGUGGUGCGGCAGCCCCCCCUACGCCGCGCCGGAGCUCUUCGAGGGCAAGGAGUACGACGGACCGAAAGUUGACAUAUGGAGCUUAGGCGUGGUGUUGUACGUGUUGGUGUGCGGCGCCCUGCCGUUCGACGGCAGCACUCUACAAAACCUGCGGGCGCGUGUCCUCAGCGGCAAGUUCCGCAUCCCCUUCUUCAUGUCCACAGACUGUGAGUACUUGAUCAGACACAUGUUGGUGCUGGAGCCCAGCAGACGGUUGACGAUGGACCAGAUCAAUAAGAACAAGUGGAUGAGGCUAGGAGACCCCGACCCAGAGUUCGACCGGUUGAUAGCGGAGUGUGAGCAGGUGAAGACGGAGCGAGAGAUUGAGCUCAUCAACGAGCAGGUGCUGAUCGCCAUGUGUGAGAUGGGCCUGGAUCGGGAACGCACUCUUCAGUCUUUACAAACGGAUGCAUACGAUCACUACAGCGCCAUCUACAGUUUGCUGGCUGACCGCCUCAAGAAACACAAGACCCUGCGCGUGGCCCCGCCCACACCGCGCUCCAUUAGCUAUCCUCUUAACGCUGUACAGACGGAUCCACAGGGUAAUCCCGUUAGCAUGACCGUGCCCCAAGUUCAGCUCAUCAACCCAGAGAACCAGAUCGUCGAGCCGGAUGGCAGCAUGCCACUGGACAGCGACGAAGGGGAGGAGCCAUCUCCCGAGGCCAUGGCUCGCUACCUGUCGAUGAGGCGGCACACCGUGGGAGUACCAGACCAAAGGACGGAGAUGCAGGAGGACCUCCAGAAGCUUCCGCCCGGUUUCACCCGCGGUGCCGUCCCCCAGCCCCCUUUCCUCCCGCUGGCCCCCACCAUGGGCCAAAUGCACACUCUCAUGCCCACACAGAGCUUGCAGCCCACGCAGCAGCUGGAGUACAAGGAGCAGUCGUUGCUGCAGCCGCCCACCCUGCAGCUGCUCAACGGCAUGGGGCCUCUUGGUCGGAGGGCUUCCGACGGCGGGGCCAACAUUCAACUCCACGCUCAGCUCCUCAAGAGGCCCCGGGGGCCCUCGCCACUUGUCGCAAGCCCGCACCCGAUCCCUGCGGUAGCCCCGGUGGAUGAGGAAGGUUCGGACGGAGAGCCCGAUCAAGAGGCCGUGCAGAGGUACCUGGCGAACCGCUCCAAGCGGCACACGACGCACGCGCUCACGAGCACAUCGCAUGGCGAGCCCUCGGCAGAGUCACAGCGGCCCCAGGGCCCCCGCCAGAGGGGGGGCUGGGCCCCCGACACACACACCCGAUCCAGCUAUAAGGACUGUAACACCCUCCACCUCCCCAUGGAGCGCUUCUCGCCCGUCAGGCGCUUUUCUGACGGCGCCGCCACCAUCCAGGCCUUCAAGGCUCACCUGGAGAACAGCAGCCUCAUCAAGCAGCUCAAACAGGAGUGCGAGCAGCUCCAGAAGAUCUACGCCGCCCAGCAGGACGAGCGCUUCCUGGAGCACACGCAGCAGCAGCACAUCCUCUACCAGCAAGAGCAGCAGAUCCUCCACCAGCAAAUCCAGGGUCUGUCUUUAGGCCACGGAGAGAGCCAGCCCAGUCACCUAACACACCAGCUCCAGAGGUUGCACAUCCAGCCCUCCAGCCCUCCGCCAACACAUCCCAGCAACCACCUCUUCCGGCAGCAGAACCAGAGCCCUCCGCCUAGCUCCGCAGACAUGAUGCAGGGCCACGGAGGUCCGUCACCAGUGCAGUACCAGCACGGCGCUCCGGCGCUGUACCAGGGCCAGAGCGACAGCCCGCCUCCCACGGCGCUGAACCGGGUCCCUCUGCCGACCAAUCAACAAGCGGCGUCUGCCCACCCCGCCGCGCCGCUGGCUCAGGGCGUACCUCAACAGCAGCAGGUGACCAUCCAGGUUCAGGAGGCGGAGCUGGGCGCCGCGGCACAGAGACAGGCCGGCGGCUUUCUGUCCACGCCGGGGCACCGAGUCCUCGGGAAGCAGCUGAGCGCGGACAACGCCGAGAUGCACAGUCGCAGCCUCGGCCGCUUCACGCCGGGUUACGACCAAGCGCAGUUCAACCCCCACCUCUUCUCCGGCGACGUGAUUGGCUCCUACAGCCACUACCUGCAGGGCACCUCCCUCAAAGUGCCGGGCCUGGAGGAGUACCAGAGCGGGGUGGUGGGCUACGGCACCCCGUCCACGCUCCAGCAGGCGCUGCUCUCCCCGACGCCUCUGGAGUACCGCCCCCCUCAGCAUCACGUCACGCCCACCCUGCAGGGCCUCCUGUCCCCCCGCCACUCUCUGACGGGCCACGCCGACCCCCGGCUGCCCCCCCAGGACCUGGCCGCCCUGCUGAAGCGGCACAGCCCCCGGCCGUGCCCGGCGACCCCCACGCCGCCCCCCGGCGGCCCCCAGGAGUACGGAGAGCUGCUGCUCCUCCGCCAGCUGAGCCAGGGCGAGAGCUCGGAGCUGGAGGCGCCGCAGCAGAGCGCCCCCGGGGGCCAACACUAUCAUCACCUGCUCCAGAUUCGACCCCCUGAGGUGCAGCCGCAGCCGCAGCCGCAGCCGCCGCCGCCGCCGCCGCCGCAGCAGACGGCGUGCCCCGGCUUGCCUCACUCGGAGAGCAUGGAGGAGGACGAGGUGCCGGCGGGCUACCACCACCCGCACGACGGCCUGCUGGCCAAGGCCGGAGAGGCUCACGAGCUCCUGGGGCCCCCCCGGGGAGGCACCCCGCCCUACAGCUCCCCGACACACGGGCACGGCGGCUUCAUCAGGAACGCGGCAGAAGCUCCAGAUUCGGAGCACGCGGAGCGCCGGCCCCAGGGGCAGGCCAUGGAGGUGCCCGAUCACAACGGCGUGGGCUAUUCGAGAGGCCCCCAGGGCGACGCCUGUCGGUCCCGUGGACUGCUCCAGCGCCACCACACCAUCCAGACCUGCGACGACGCCUACGAUCAGACGGAGCCCAUGACGGGAAUGAGCCUGAUGGCCGGGAAGGCGCUGAGCUCCGCCCGCAUGUCGGACAUCCUCAGCCAGACGUCGCUGACGGGAAGCCAGCAGCUGCGCCAGCGGGAGGACUCGGCGUGUGACGUGGAAGAGGAGCUCCACGCGGCGGCCUCCUACCCCUCCUCCUGCACCAGUGACAUGCUCCUCAGCUACAAGCCCCCCGACCUGCAGUACAGCAUGGAGCAGGCUGGGGUCUAGCACAGGGAGGGGGGCGUCCCGUGUCCAGCGGUCCAUAUCAGCCAUCAGAGUUGUGUUGAGUUGAGCAGCAUCACGCCAAACCACCGCCCUCUGCCCAGAACAGGGGGGGGGGGGGCUCUACGUCCAUCUGUCUGUCUCCAUCUGUCCUAGGGUGGGGGGGGGGGGCACAGGUGGGGCCUCGGGAUUCCAAAGGUCAAAGUGCCAGCAUUUUUCUGCGCAGGCAUCCAGCAUUUGUUGCCGCAGGUCGUCUUCUCGUUUCACCUCCCAUCACGGGUACAUCGGGGUUCCACUCCUCCCUCUUUUAACCCCCCCCCAACACACACACACACACACACACUUCAACCCUUUUGUCUUCUAUUAACGGUUGGCAUACUUCAUUAAUACACAUAGUUUCAAGGACAUGGAGUCUAAUAACAAAAAAAAACACACACACACAAACCCAAAGUAUUCACAUUUGGUGCGUGUGUGUGUGUGUGUGUGUGUGUGUGUGUGUGCUUGACUGAGAAGAAGAGGUGAGCGGAUGGGUCGGGUGUCCGAGAGGUUCAGUCUGCUCCCCCCUCCCCCCCUCCUCCACCCCUCCUCCUCCUGCUGUCCUCCUGCAGCAGGUCAUUCCGGAGCGGGCUGAAUCUACAGCGCUCUCAUCCAAAGAUGGAGCUCAGUGACGCGGCGCAGGACACAACCAGCUCGCUCAGUGUUUCUAUUUUUUUAUUUUAUUUUAGUUCUGGCAUUCGUUUCCUUUGUGUCAAUUUUAUUUUAUUUUAUUUGAAUUAAUUUUUAGCGGCUAAUGUCCCACGUAGGCAUUCUAGUCCAUAUUGUUACUCUUUAUUGUUAUUAAUGUUUUCAGUAAAAGAGGUUUUUAUUAUAAUUGAUAUUAUUAUUAUUAUUAUUAUUAUUAUUAUUAUUAUUAAAGGAAAAACAGUUCUGUGUUGCAAGGAAGACGACAUUGUUCUCUGAUUACUUAAGUAAUUCUGCACUUUCGGUUCAAGCUAUCUUCUCUCUGCCCCCCAGACCCCCCACUCUCUAUCAUGCUGUCGUCCUGCUCCCCCCCCCCCCCCUCCCGACUUUGCCCCCCUCACCUCGGAGUGACCCCUGUGCUGCAGCUGCCUUUUCCCCUUCCCCAUGUCAGUGACGGUGUAUUGCAUUGUGGGUAGUUUUACCAGACAUUUGCUCCUUUCCUUGUACAGUGAUGCCGUGUAUAGAACGCUAUUGCAACUUCUGUAUCAAAUCCGUUCUUCUUCUUUUUAUUUUAGAUGAUGUUGGGGAGGCUUUUUUUUAAAAAUUGGUAUUGUUUAUUAUUUGUAUUUUUGGAUGUCUUCAAAAAUGUUUUUUCUUUCUUUCUGUUUUUAGUAUUUUUUGUUGUUUAGUUUCAAUGAAUCUUGAGAUUUCUAGCCAAAAGAGGACGGAGAGACGAGAGCCAGUGCUCUCCUUCUGUCUCGUUAAAAAAUAGAUUGUUAUAACUGCGUUUUAAUAUUGUUAUUAUAUCGAGACACUUGAAUAAGAGGAGAGUAAAUAUUUUUAUUUUUUUAUUUUUUAAGUAUCAUUUCAAUUGGAUGUUGUUGUGAUGUCGGGCCUGUGUUGUGUUCACGGGUCGCUAGGCAGACUCUGCCGGGUCGGGCUCUGGUCUGCGUCUAGAUUGGUUCGGGUGCUACAGAGACUUUACAAAAUAAAAACUAAGACACAAUAACAACUGGGGGAAUAACUUGUAACACAGCUGACAUAUCAUCCCGAAGGUCCCCGAGCGUGGAAGCGGACGAACCCCCACUUCUCUUUCCCGUCCGCCGAAAUCCUCCCGCCGCCUUUUUUUUUUAACGACGUCUGCUUCUGACGACGCCUCGUGGACACGCCCCCUUUUCCUCCCUCGAACCGGGGAGGAAACGCCAACGACUAUUACACCGCCGCCCCCUCUCGUUUUGGCCUGGCUUUGACCCUCACACACGGAAAAAAGGGAAGAUCAGAGGAAGCGACCGCUGCGUUUUCCCCGGAACAGUUGACGCAUUUUGGGGGGGUUUGGGAGACACCUGAACGCACCACCCAAACUGUAAACACACAAAAAAGGGAAACAUUUUCGGAGGCGACCAUAGGAAGGAACCGCUUGAAUUGGACUUUUUGCAGCAGAGGAAUACUCUCCCUCCCCCCCCCCCCAUCUCUCAAUCUCUCUCUCUCCCCCCCCACACACACAUAUCUCCCAAGGCCUGUGCCCGAAGCCGACACAGGCGACGGCACACGUUGGACCACAGCAGGAGAGCGGACCACCCUUCUUUUGACAUGUUAGUUUUUUGGACUUGUCGGGCCCUUUAUUUAUCCUCCCAUAUAGCAAACCCUCCGGGUCUGAACCGGGCUGGCAAGAGAAUACAGCUCCACUUUGUGUGUAUGCGUACCGAUUUCACGUCACCUGACCAUACAUGCGCUAUAUAUGUAUAUAUAUAUACAUAUAUAUACAUGCAUGCCGAGAGCCGUGGAUGGCGUCACGCGGCUCUCCGGCGGCGCCGCUUCCUGUUUCCCGACGGCCGCUCCCCUCCAGAGCAGACCGGGAGUGGCUGUCGGCGGUAAAUCACGAGAGAGCGCCGCCGUGGGACGGGUUCCUGAGGUUGUUCUGAAUUAUACUUGUAUGUUUUUUUUUUGUUGCAUUCUUGCAUUUUCUUGUUUUCUUCUUCUUCUUCCCCAAACUCGAGUCGGUGUCUCUUCGGGCAGAAGGAGCUCGUCUACACGGCCAGCUCUCCUUCAUUCCUCUUUCCACCGAGCCAGAAGGGAGAUCAGAGAGAGACAAUGGACUGUGGAGAGGAAGCGGCUGGCGUGGAAGACACUGCGUGUCUCCAGCAGGAUAGAAACUCUAAAAAAAACUUUAAGAGCGGAGAGGCUCGUCGGACAUUGUGUUUCUCGGAGGGGAAGAGCGGAGGCACACGGGGGGGGGGGGGGGGGCGUGAAGGGGAAGCACCGCAGGGGGUUGAGAGGACAUCGUCUGCCUCAUCAGACUGACCCCCCACACACACACACACACACUCACUGUCUGAACUCUUACCUCCCUCCCUCCAGUCUUUCCUCUCCAUCCCAGCCUCCCUGCUCAGUAAGCCAGCUCUGCUCCUGUUUCCUUAAGGUUCAUUUUUAUUUUUUAUUUUCUAUUGGUUCAUUUUUGUCCUUGUUUUUUGUUUGUUCUUUUUUGCUUUGUUUAUGUUCAUUUCUGUUGAGUACAAAAAUACUAAAGUGCAACAACAAUGAUUAAAAAGAAUAUCAACCAAACUGAGAUGAAUAAAUAAAUAUAUAUAAAUAAAGAACUAAUUAAAAA